AUGUACGGGGCUCUGUCACAUGAGCGCCUUUGCGGGUACUCGUCAACUACGACGGAAAGUGCGACAGGCCACAACCCAUAUACCAGCCUGAAGCUGUACACUUGGUGCCGUCGAUAUACGCGGCGAGGUAAACACCGAGGGCAAGUACUUGGUUCCGUCGGACGUGUCUACGGUCACUGGGCACUGGGACGACACCGGGGUUACCUUACCGUACUCAAUGACAGGUCAGCCAAGGCAGUCAACGAGGACGGUCGCGCAAUCUCCCCCGAAUCUAGCGACCUAUCCACGACCAUCAAGAUCGACUGGCCAACUUGA